AGCGUAGCAAGGUUAAAUGAAAGAGUAUGCGUACAAAGUAUGGAGAAAACCAGAGAGAAAUUCUUGUUGGAAAGAGAGUUGUCGAGGUGAGCACGGAGGCUAGCGGUUUUCUGUGAUGGUAUAUGUGACAAAAAGAGCAGUCAGCUGUUUUGAGCGAUAUACCGUUGCUUAGCGACAAGUGGACUGAAAACUCAUUCUUCAGACGAUUUUUGUGCCAGUCAGUCGCGUUUUUCUAAACGGAAGAAUUCGAAUUUUUCUAAAGAAAAUUUGAAAAAUGUAUUCGGCCGGUUACCACAAUGGCGCAGCCGACGACGAUCCAGAAAUUGAUCAGUUGGCAUUGACCAAGAAAGCGAACAAAAUCAGGAGAAACAAGGAAGUAGACACGCUUCGAAGUGACCUGAGCGCAGAGAGAGCCAGAUGCGAGCAACUAGAGAAGGAGCUAGAGCGACUACGUAGAAGAACAGUGUCAAAUGACGUCACCGGUGAACAGGAUAUGGAAUCUGCGUUGGAUCAUCCGAUGAGUGACGACAGUAGCCUUGAAUUUCGUCAAGUUCUGGGUCCUACGAGUACUCAGCGGAUAAAUGCAUCGACUCGUAUCAGUUCGAAGGAAGGGUCCCAGUUCAUGGCAUCGGUAACACAGCUUUCGUUAUCAUCCAUCAACAUACCGGAGUGCAAGCCUCUAGACGGCGACGACGAAAUUUACCGUCACGCUUACGAAGCAUGGAAAGAAUUGUUAGAAGAUACGAUGAGACUGGCCGGAGUUGAGGAUGAGCAGACGAAGUUCACUCUAUUCAAGAUUAAGGCAGGCACUCGACUGUUACAAAUCUUUCGCAAUACAAAAUCGCAUGGAGAUUGCCCGGACUCAGAAAUUGAACCUUUCGCUAACGCCAUGCAUCGAUUGAAAACAUAUUUCGGAUCUGGUUCAGAUGUCAUGUUCCAACGUCGUAAGUUGGCGCUUAUGAUGCAGAAUCAAGGAGAGUCAAGCUUGGCCUUUAUUACUCGUGUUGGAGCAACCGCUCGACUUUGUGAGUACGAUGAAGAGAAGGAAAUGGAGGAAAUAGUCGGCACCGUAGCGGAACAUGCUGUGAGCAAAGACGUACGAGUAGCUGCACUGAAAAUGCUUAAUCGGAAAGGGAAAUUUUCAAGUCUAGUGGACAAAGUACGAGAAUUGGAUGCGAUUCAGAUGAACGAGGAGUAUUUCAAGCUCAAACACCAGAGACCGGAGACAGCUUCAGUUGCAGCAGUCAGCGCUGCAUACCCGAUAAACGAUCGACCAUCAUUCCAACGUCAAGGAGGCUCACGAGGAGGCAGAUAUCAGUUCUUCAACUCACGUAGACGAGAUUCCCGAUUCAACCCAAUAAGAAAUCCAAGAUCUGCUGGAGAUGCAACAGUGCGACGCCAUGGAUUUCGUGAACCACCGACAGACAAACGCGACAGAUGCUGGAGAUGCAACAGUGUCUACCAUCUACCUUCGGAGUGCAACGCAGUCGAUAAGGUGUGUAUUGGCUGUGGACAAAUCGGACACAUAAGGAGAGCAUGCAACAAUUCAGGUCUUGAAUCAGUUCGAUACCGCGGACAAAGGCAGCCCAUCUCAACACCAGCUGAGGUCAAAUCGUUGAUUCCGGCGGCGGUGAAUAAUGUUGAAGCCAAAACGGAGCACAACGAAGAUCGAUCUGAAAUUAUUGAUCGAGAACCAGACGCAAUGGAUUUGAUGGCACUAUCGGUUUGCCAGAUCGGUACAAGCAGAAGAGAUGGGAUGAUUACGGCCACAGUGGCAGGCAUGCCAUGCGAAUUUUUGAUUGAUUCUGGAGCACAGGUAAACACGUUCACUGAAAGCAAUUUCAAUCGCAUCAUGAAUGAUGGUAGGUACAAAGGAGAAGUGCUCAACGUCAAGACGGGUUCUGACCGUCCGCUAAAGGCGUAUGCAACGUCUAAAGAGAUACCUGUGUCCGCCACAUUCGAGGCUAAUCUGUUCAUAACAGAUGACAGGCCAAUGUAUAUGGAGAAGUUUUACGUUGUUAAUGAAACAAGGGCUUUAUUGAGUAGAUCAACCGCUACUAGGUAUAGUGUUCUGCUUCUAGGACUAAAUGUACCGGUGUCAACGGUUCAUUUGGAUCAAUCGACAAUCAAUGGCAGAGAAAUUGCUUCAGUCGUAUCAAGUGAGCCGUUUCCCAAGUUCAAUGUUCCACCCGUAAAGAUAUACUAUGAUACUUCAAAGCCGCCAUGCCGCAAUGUGUAUCUAAAUAUCCCACAAGCAGUUAAACCGCUAGUAGAAGAACGACUACAGCAACUAAUUUCUGCUGAGAUCAUUGAGAGAGUGACCGAUGACAUGGACACGGCAUUCUGCUCAUCUCUGGUGAUAGUUCCUAAAGGAAAAGAAGACAUUCGUCUAGUAAUUGACCUGAGGGGUCCAAACCGCUACAUUCAUCGAUCCCCUUUCGCUAUGCCAACUCUCGAAUCCAUCGUCGCUGAGCUUGAUGGGGCGAAAUGGUUCUCCACGAUAGAUUUGACCAAUGCUUUUUUCCACAUUGAGCUCGAUAAAGAUUCCCGUCAUCUGACAAACUUUUUUACCGAAUUUGGGAUGUUUCGGUGCGUUAGACUCCCGUUUGGUCUUUGUAACGCACCUGACCUGUUCCAAGAAAUAAUGCAAAGGAAAGUUUUGGGUGGUUGUAAAGGACAAAUUAACUAUCAGUACAGCGUAUUUUCAUAG